CCUAAUUUUCUUUCUUUACCAAAAAUCUGACAAACCGUUUCCCUCUGAAUUUUCCAUUGCAUGUUUCAUUUUCCAGAAACAUCAUUGCCCUUCAAUCUUUUCAACAACAUAUUUUGAUUGUUUCUGUCAUUGGGGGGCUGCUUUUUCUUCUGUCAAAGCUCGUUGAAGUUCUCAGGUUGAGGAAAAUUCAUGUAUGCACAAACAAAAAUGUAUUUUACUCGUUCUGGUAGAUCUCACUCAGUGCAUAUUCAAUCACCACCAUUAGCAGAGAAGAUAACUGAAGAGCCUCCUGCAAAUGUAAUAAAUAAAAACUCGGCUCAAAGCACUGUGACAUGCGUGUACCAAGCCAAUAUUGCAGGCUAUUGGCGUAAUGUAUCAUUCAUUUGGUGCAAGAACCUGAUGAACCAUUCUUUCACUGUUAAGGUUGAUAGUAUAGACGGUGAUUUCAAUUACACAUGCAAGAUUGAGCUUAAGCCUUGGCAUUUUUGGAGCAAAAAAGGGUACAAGAGUUUUGAGGUUGAUGGGAAUCCAGUGGAGGUGUAUUGGGAUCUUCGUUCAGCUAAAUUUGCUGGUGGUCCUGAGCCAAGUACGGAUUUUUACAUUGCUCUAGUUUCUGAUGAAGAGGUUGUGUUGUUAUUGGGAGAUUACAAGAAAAAGGCUUACAAGAGAACAAAAUCAAGGCCAGCCCUUGUUGAUGCAGUGCUUGUUUACAAGAAGGAAAAUGUAUUCGCCAAGAGAUGUUUCUCUACAAGGGCUAAAUUCAAUGAAAGGAAAGAUCAUGAAAUUGUUGUGGAGAGCUCGACAACGGGACCUAGAGACCCCGAAAUGUGGAUUAGCAUAGAUGGGAUUGUGUUGGUUCAUGUUAAGAAUUUGCAAUGGAAAUUCAGAGGGAAUCAAACUGUGCUAAUUAACAAGUUCCCUGUGCAAGUGUUCUGGGAUGUACAUGAUUGGCUAUUUAGUAGCCCUGGCAUGGGACAUGGUUUGUUUAUAUUCAAACCAGGUUCACCUUUAGAUUCAGAAAAUGAGAGCAGAGAGAGCAGUAGCCAAGGAGGUGGUGAUGUUGACAGCGAUUGCAGCAGCGGGUAUUACUCUACUUGGAGUAAUUUAACAGCAACAGCUUCGGAAUUCUGCCUUUUUCUUCAUGCUUGGAAGAUUGAGUGAGAUUUAAUUAUGAACAACACUUUUUUGCCAAUGACAAUGAACAGCAAUGUUGCAAACUUAUUAGUAAUAUUAAUGGGUCUUAAACCCUUUUGUUGUAAAUUACAUAUGUUUAUCAUCUUUCAAAUUUUUCUUGGCCAGCACAGUUGAUUUCACCCAUAUCAUAUAUACCUAGCAUGAUAAUUACAAAGGAUCUUUCAUCAGUUUAGUGUUGUCUAGGCUAGGAUUUUCAUGU